AUGGAUUCGGAAGACGGAGAGUUGUUCAUCAAGCAACUGGCCACGUUUGUGCGCACGCACGAAAAGGCACUUGCGAAUGCUUUGCAGUUUCGGCGACAGCCGGGCCCGCGACAUGGCCCCUCCCAGAGCGUCUCGUCGCUCCCGACGAGCUCCUCGACGAACACCCUUCCCGAACGCCCUUCGACCUCGUCCUCGACGUCGAGCUCCCUCGCGGCUGCCUUGUCUCUCGGGUCCCUCAACUUCACCUCCCACAGCGUAAAGUCAGCCAAGCUCGCACUUACCUCGCAUCACCUCUUCUACUUGCUGUCCCGCUUUGAGGAGCUCGGCAUCCCCGUUGGUCCCAUGGGCAUCCGCAUCGAAAACCUCCACGAUGCUGCCGCGUCCACAAACUACGUCUCGUUCUUGAGCCAGUCUCAACGCUCCAAGACUCACGGUUCUGACGUCGGCUCCAUCCGCUCCGUAUCCAGCAUCCGCAGCGUCAUGUCCGGCAUGUCUGCCCUCUGGGCCAACUUCAGUCUUGGUUCGAGCAUCUCGGCCGCUCGGUGCGAGCGGCAAAAGGCCGCCCUGCAGGCUGACCUCAAAUACCUGUACUCGGCCUUCACCAAGAUACCGUGUCUGCGUCUCGCCCCCGACUGGCGCGCCCGCCUCAUCCGGGGCUACGAAGAGUUCCCCUUCGACUCGGCCGUCCCACUCUAUGUCUUCAAAAACGUGCAGGCCCUCGAAGUAUGCGACAUGGACUUUCGGCAAUUCUUUGGCUGGGAUCGCCUUGCCGACCAACUGCGGUCUCUGACGCUGAAGCGUGCCUCCAUCGAAGAUCCUAUCGAGAUUCUGGUCGACAUUGUCCUCGACGACAUGGAGAAACGCCGGCGGCGGACAUCCAAGACACAGUCAUCCCCGACCAUUGGUCCUUUCAGCAGCGGCUCCGUCGGUGGUAGCAUGGGUAUGAUGAGCCCGCGCCGUAGCAGCCCGUCGAUCCCACAUGCCGAGCUGCACAAGAGCAUGUCAAUGCCGGGCUCGCCAGACCCGCGUACCUCGGUGCUCGACAUGCGGAUUGGGUCGGUUAUCAGCGAACCAUCCGCAGACGAGCAGCCCGAGCACAAUGGUACUGAUUUCCGGCCCUCGCUCGCCCGGUCCAAUAGCGAUGAGGCCUCGCCGCACUCGCCCUCCAAGUCGUCGCGCCCUCGCAGCCACUCGCCGCGUCGGCCCUCAAGCUCGCGCAACGGCACCGCAUACGUCCGUAGCUCGCACAAGGUGCACCGAUCCGGGUCUGGCAGUUCGCAGUCAAGCCUUUCCGACCCAUGGCACAACCGCCGCGGCAGCACGUCCAACCUGCUCACCGUCGGCGUCCUCCCGGCGACCAAAUGGCGCUUCCUGAAGCACCUCAGCCUAGCGGAUAACUCACUUACUUCGAUCCCUGCCUUCAGUCUGUCCCCACUGUCCAACACUCUGCAUUCGCUCGACUUGUCGAGCAACCUCUUCACGCAGAUUCCGGACAGCCUGGCGACCCUGACUGCGCUCCGUGCAUUGAACCUGUCGCAGUGCAUGAUCGACUCUCUGCACUCGCUUGCGCACUUCCCGCUGCCUGCCAUCACUGCGCUGAACUUGCGGGCCAACCGGCUACAGUCCAUAGCCGGCAUUGAGAAGUUGUACCCGCUGGAGCGCCUCGAUCUCCGUGAUAACAGCCUCACUGACCCGACGGAGCUGGCACGUCUGACUGGUAUUCCCGAAAUUCGCGAAGUGUGGGUGGGCGGCAAUCCUUUCACGCGGACCCACAAGGACUACCGCAUCACCAUCUUCAACCUGUUCCGCAAGACGCCGGGCUUCACCGAAGACAUCAUCAUCGAUGCCUGCGGGCCCAGCUACUCGGAGCGCAAGUACCUCGUGGAGCGUGCUCCACUGCCACCUAUGGUGCCCGUGAUCAAGCCGCAACCUGUUCCCACGAUCGCUCCUGUCGAUGUGAGCAAGCCUGCUAUUGUCUACGAUACACCGCGCGACACUCGCGAUAUCCGUGAGCUACGGGAGCCUGCUGUUCUGCGGAAAGAGCGGCCCGUGGUGCGCACCACCUCUGGCGAGAGCAACGGCAAUGCCACCCGUCGCAAGCGUGCCCCGAAGCGACGGAUUGUUGAUUUGGCCACCAACAACGUCACCACUACGCACGUGCUGUCCACAUCGGCAACGACAGCACCUGUUUUACCCCCGCCCUCUGCCCCAUCACCUUUGGAAACCUCGUUCGACCGUGCAACCUCGGCUGUACUACCGCCGUUACCUGUUGUACCCGAGACGUCGUACUUGACAACAACUGAAGACAACUAUAUCAUAUCCCGGUCGCCCGAGGAUACACCCAACGUACGCCCUCUACCAGUGCUGCCCACGGUUUCAACUAUGCCAACUGUUUCUACCGCUCCCACUUUUCCGGCUCAGGAUGAUCGCCUCGUUUCGUCUGCUGCGGCUGUGCCGGUGCUACUCGAAGCGAAGCCAGCCAAGCCCCAAGCCAUGAUCACACCGCACCCGGUCGACACCGGCUCGACGUUUAGAGCGGUAGCCGAGGUGGCCGAUAUGCCAAUAUUGGCGAACGGCACCAGUACAGGCGCACCUUCAUCCACCAGACUUGCACAAGCUCUGCCACCAUUGCCACCGCAGUCGCCGCUUACAGUGCAGGCGCCGGUGCCACAGGCUCCAGCAACACCUACGACGCCGACGCGGACUCCGACCAAGGCGACCAGCACGCCUUCACCUGCGCCGGCUGAACCAUGGAGUGAGCCGCAGGACUGGGACGUCGGUGGUGAGCUGUACCGGCGCAAGAUCGAAGCACUGCGGGACCAGGUUGGCGAGGGCUACCUCAGCGUCCUGAGCGAAGAGACCUGGGAUCCCGUGCGCCAUCCGCCUCAAUAUCACGACAACCCCUUUAGCAGCGCCACCACGUCGCCGCUGCAUCCUAGUCCUGUCGUGCCGCGGUCGACGAGUGUGCAGGCCAUUCACUCCGGCCGCACGCUGGGCUAA